UCUGGGGGAAACCAGGAGUGACGGUGGGCAUGGUUGGUGCCAAGCGAGAGCGGCAACUGACAAGGACGGACAGACAUACGCGCACCAGCGGUAGUGUGCACAGCGACGACCUGUACGAGGAGUCGACUGGCGGAGGAGGCGGAGUUCCAAGAUCCACCACCACCCGCGCGCGAGAAAUACUCUCAGGUCGUCUUCUCCCUCGAUCCCAUCUCCUCUUCCCCCUUCUCCGAUCCGAUCGAUUUUUCGCGGAGCGCUGCGUUUCCUGGCUGCACAAGUUUCUUGGGGGGUUUCUUUAUGGCAUUUGGGAACUGUGCGAGUGAUUGGGUUUUAUUAGGAUUCUAGGGGACACCGUCAUGGCAUACUUCCCAGAGGAAGUGGUGGAGCAGAUCCUUGGCUAUGUAACCUCGCACCGGGAUCGCAAUACCACGUCGCUGGUGUGCCGGGCAUGGUACCACAUUGAGCGCCGUAGCCGCCGCUCGGUGCUUGUAAGCAACUGCUAUGCAGUGCGCCCAGAGCGUGUGCUUGUGCGGUUCCCCAGCAUGCGCUCGCUGAGUGUGAAGGGCAAACCACACUUUGCUGACUUCGACCUUGUCCCAGCGGGGUGGGGCGCCACGGCUGAUGCAUGGGUGGAUUCGUGUGCCCGUGCGUGCCCUGGCCUUGAGGAGCUCCGGCUGAAGCGGAUGGUUGUGACUGAUGAGUGCCUCAAGCUGAUUGCUGGCUCUUUUACCAACUUUAAAUCACUUGUCCUUGUCAACUGCGAGGGGUUCAGCACUGCUGGCCUUGCUACUAUCACUACCAAUUGCAGGUUUCUUAAGGAACUGGACUUACAAGAGAGUGUUGUGAAACAUCGAGGCCAUCAUUGGCUUAAUUGUUUCCCAAAGCCUUCUACAGAACUAGAAUCCUUGAACUUUGCUUGCUUGUCUGGGGAGGUGAAUGCUUCUGCAUUGGAGGGACUUGUUGCAAGGAGUCCGAAUCUUAAAAGGCUAAGGUUGAAUCGUCGUGUUCCAUUUGAUGUUUGGUACAGAAUACUUGGUCGCACACCUAAGCUGGAGGAUUUAGGUACAGGAUCUUUUGUAACAGGCAAUAACCCUGCUGAAUAUGUCAGUUUAUCCUCUGCUCUCGGAAAGUGCAGUUCACUAAAGAGUUUAUCAGGUUUUUGGGCUGUUACGGGCUUUUAUCUUCGAGGAAUUUUUUCAGUCUGCAAGAACCUUACAUGCUUGAACCUCAGCUGUGCUCCAUUAAUUCAAAGUGCUGAUCUUAUCAAUAUUAUUCGUCGGUGUACGAAACUCCAUGUCUUAUGGCUGUUAGAUCACAUUGGUGAUGAAGGGUUGAAGGUUGUGGGCUUUUCUUGUCCUGAUCUCCAAGAGUUGAGGGUAUUUCGCAAUAAUGCAGACGCAGCUACUUUGACAGAGGAAGGGUUGGUUGCCAUAUCUUCAGGCUGUCGAAAGUUACAAUCUGUUCUCUACUUUUGCAAUCGAAUGACCAAUGCUGCACUGUUUACUAUUGCAAAGAACUGCCCACAGCUGACAUCCUUCAGACUAUGCAUUGUCGAGCUCAGUUCAGCAGAUGCUAUGACAGGACAGCCACUGGAUGAAGGCUUCGGUGCAAUCGUCCAGUCAUGCAAAGGCCUUAGGCGUCUCUCCAUGUCUGGCCUCCUCACGGACUGCGUGUUCCUGUACAUUGGCAUGUAUGCCGAGAAGCUGGAGAUGCUCUCCGUGGCAUUUGUGGGGGGCAGCGACGAUGGCAUGGUCUACGUGCUUAAUGGCUGCAAGAACCUCAAGAAGCUGGAGAUCAGGGACAGCCCCUUCGGCGACACCGCCCUCCUUGCAGGGGUGGACAGGUACGAGGCGAUGCGCUCGCUCUGGAUGUCCUCCUGCAACAUCACCCUAGGGGGCUGCAAGACCCUCGCGGCGAGCAUGCCUGGUGUCAACGUGGAGGUCAUUAGCAGGGCGGGAGCGAGCAUCGAUGAGGCGGAUGAGGCAUCCAGCAACGCAAAGAAGGUGGAGAAGCUGUAUCUCUACCGGACGAUCGCCGGACCCCGGGGCGAUGCCCCUGGAUUCGUCUCGCUACUGUAAGUGCUACCUACCGUAGCGGGCGGCUGAAGAUGGUUCUUUCUUCCCUGAACCUGGGUUCCGGAUGAACCCGGUGUUCUGAACCGUGCCUACCGUAGUUUUGGUACCGUUGGAAACAUAUGCUGUCUGUAGCGUUAACUUAAACCUUGGUGCUGUGUGGACCUUUUGCGCUGGACAUGUAAGACCGUAGCUAAUGUUUAUGUUUAUAUGCUGGUUGGCACUCUGCGUA